CACAUACUGGACCCAGUAUUGGGCAUCCUUUUAAGGACAUAUUUCUUGGAUCAAGGCACCCAACCAUGACUGACCUUUGGCAGAAUGCCAUGGACCAUGCUGUGGCUCUGGCCAGGAAAGCAGGAUCGCUUGUAAGGGACGCAGUACAGAAUGACAUGAAGGUUAUGUUGAAGAGUUCUUCUGUGGACCUUGUGACUAAAACUGACCAAAAGGUGGAGCAACUCAUUAUAGACUCUGUGAAGGAGAAAUUCCCCACGCACAGUUUCAUAGGCGAGGAGUCGGUGGCUGCUGGAGAGCCCUGUGUUCUAACUGACAACCCGACCUGGAUUGUUGACCCGGUAGAUGGUACCACUAACUUUGUCCACGGAUAUCCAUUUGUUGCCGUGUCUAUUGGCUUUGCAGUCAACAGAAAGCUGGAGUUUGGAGUGGUGUACAGCUGCAUAGAAGACAAGAUGUACACAGCCAGGAAAGGGAAGGGAGCAUUCUGCAAUGGACAGCUCCUUAAUGUGUCGGACCAGAAAGAAAUCAGCCAGUCUAUCAUUGCUACUGAGUUUGGUUCCAACAGAGACACAGAGGUGGUUGACAAAAUCUUCUCCAGCAUGAGGAAGAUCCUGUGUUUACCCAUCCACGGGAUUCGAGGCGUGGGCACAGCAGCCACAAACAUGUGUCUGGUGGCGUCGGGUUGCGUGGAGGCCUACUACGAGAUAGGGAUUCACUGCUGGGACAUCGCUGCCGGCGCCAUCAUAGUCACAGAGGCAGGGGGCGUCCUCAUGGAUGUAGAUGGUGGACCAUUGGACCUCAUGUCCAGAAGGGUUGUUGCUGCAAAUAACAAGAUAAUCGCUGAAAGGAUUGUCAAAGAGAUUGACGCGUUUACCCCUCUGCGAGAUGAUGCACCUACAGAGACAUAAGACUGAACAAGGAAAAUUGCUAUGUUUUUAGUCAUAUUCUUAGAAGAAAAAAAAAAUGUGUUUUGUAUUGCUUGUUUUAUUUUUCCAAAGAUAUCACUGUUCUUGAACAAUUCUGGUUAUUUAAAAACAACCUUUUUGUCCUAGCAUUCUGUGUUUUAUACGUUUUUAAUUCGUUCAUUUUUAAAUAUUAUAAUUGUUUUAUGUCAACUGACCAGGAAGAUAAUAAUAAUGUUUUAAGACAGUGUAAUCCUGGAGAUUAGUACUGUAUAUGUAUCACCAGUCAUGUAUGUAAAACAUUAUUUUUUUUUUUAAAUUGAGUUUAGAUUUUUCCUUGGUUUUUGAAGUGUACAACUUAAGUAUAGCAUAGUGAAGAAAUGGUCCCACGUUGCUCAGUUGGUAGAGCACGGCGCAUUCAAUGCCAGGGUUGUGGAGUCGAUUCCUAAAAAGUAUGAAAAUGUAUGCACUCACUACUUACUUGUAAGUCGCUCUGGAUAAGAGCAUCUGCUAAAUGACUGAAAUGUAAAAACUAAGUAAAUUCAAGGUUUAAUGCAGCUGAAAAAGGGGCUCUUGUCCAGGAGUGUGAUGGGUCCGGAUAGAACUAUGUCCACUAAAUGUUGCACCCUACUGGACUGCAUUUUCAUUUGAAAUGUGCUGUUAAAUGUGUAUCCACUUGCAUAAUAUAGUUCUGUACUUACUUAAA